UCUGUUGGGUGCUGUCUAACCCAAUAGCAGUAACGGAACCUAGAAUAAAUUCCUUACAGCACGCAACGGAGUCAAGUGAUGUCUUCCUACCUCGUUGGUUGGACUGGGUCCUGACUCUUGUGCGGUCGUGGAGCUAUGAUCUCGAACACCUGCCGACUAUAAGCUAUCAAACUCAGGCGCGGCGGAGCGGCAUUAGGCCAACUAAGCUCAAAUUGACAAUAAACUUUGAUGACAUUCAUGCUAGACCAACUUCCGGAAGCUCAAUCGCUAAUCAAAUUGGACAGGGCAGAGAGAUGAAUCGGUUUACAAGAAACCGAUAAGAGAACAAGUUCAAUUCAGACAAUUGUACAUAUUACUUCAAUCUAUAACGAACAGACACAUUCAGAGUUUAAAGUUUUUCGAGUUGACGAUCACUUAUAGUUGAUUAGCUUUCGUUACGGAGCAGCGUUAUCUUACAAUCAGAUUCCAACAACAUCUUUCUUUAUCAAGUAAUAUUUCAUUAAAAAAAAGGCAUUGAUAACAUAUUGAAACAUCCUUAUUACUGUAAAAGGAGUAAGAAAACGCGAAAAAUGCGGAAGUUAAUCCAAAAGAUUAACGAUCAAAUUUGCGUUAUUUUACAUUGGUCCAUCGAGCCGGAUCGUGAAAUGAAGCACAAACCCAAACUUCAGUGUAUAACUGACAAUUCAGACAGCUCGAAAUCUGCAACCAACUUCAAGAUUGAGUCUUCAUUGACAUCAUAAAAAUCAAGGAAAAGGACCCGUCCAUUGGAAGUGUUUAUAUCAAUAUUUAACCAUUCAAUUUCGAAAUUUGGAGCUUCCUACGACUUGGUCGAUUACUAAAAAAGACAAUAUCCAUUAUAAGGCAGAAUCAAUCCUUUUUAGUAUUAUUUUCAAUUACCAUCACAAUGCCAAACACGUCCACAAAUUCCAAUGUCUCAGUCUGCAACCGGCGAUUUGACUAUUAGUACCUUACGAUGCAAACGCGGCCACAUCAUUGGACAAAUUUUAUCUUUGGCAACUUUUUUAGAAUAUUUCGAGGAAACAAAUUCAAAUGAUACAUAUUUAUUACAAAUGCACAUCAAUGGAUUAAACGAAGUUUAGAAAAAAUUCGACGACUUACAAUUUAGUAUUGAGGAACUGAAUGAAUCUGAAAGGGCGAGACGAUUUGAAAUUCAAAAUAAUUAUUAAGCGGUGGUGGCUGGGGCCAACCAGCUACUACAUAACACGUAUUAACCCUUCUCCUGCGUCGACGGUACCUGCCCCAAUGGCCAUUAAAUUGCCCAAAAUGUGGCUACCUACUUUCGACGGGUCAAUCGAAGAAUGGUCUUCUUUCUAUGAUAUUUUUUUAGCAAUGAUUGGCCGUAACGAAGACCUGACCCCGGUCCAAAAACUGCAAUAUCUGCAGUCAACUUUGAUCGGUAAGGCCGCCGCUUGUAUACAAUCACUAAGUACGAUUGCUAAGUACGAAUCACUAAUUAUAACGAUGCCAUAGAAAUAUUACAAGAAAAAUUCGAUUGCCCACGUCGAAUAAUUCUACAUCAUUGCGAUGCACUGCGUAAUAUUCCAAAAUUAUCGAAAGACACACCAGAGGCCUUGAAUAAUUUGAUAGAUCUUAUUACCCAACAUCUUCGGGCACUGAAAAAUUUAGGUGAGAACGUGGCAUCAUGGAACAGUAUCCUGUUGUCCAUAAUACUAUCGAAAUUAAUUAAUGACACAAUUUGGCAUUGGGAAUUGACCCUUAAAGACAAAAGGAAAAUACCGGAAUACACAGAGCUUCUUCAAUUUUUGGAAAGACGAGCAAGCUGCACGCUUUCGUCAUGCUCAAAAUCCAACACAUCAACAGGACGAAACGAAACAAAGGAUCAUGAUAUUACUAAAUUAAGUAAUAAGCGAUCAUCACGAGGUCAUGCAUUUCUAUUAUCAAAAUCUCAGCGAAAUCACCCGUAUAAAAAUGUAUCAACCAAUAAAUCUCAAACAGCAGGUUCAAUCCAACGCUGCCCUAUCUGCAAGCAAGGUCAUGUGAUCUGGACGUGUGAACAAUUUAAUAGCUUAUCAGUUCAAGAUACGAGAAUGGCUGCGGAAAGAGCAUCGUUAUGCUUUAAUAGUUUGAGGGAAGUGCAUACUGUGAAAUCUUGCAGGAAGGGAAAUUGUCAAAUUUGCCAUAAACGUCACAAUACACCAUUGCAUUUAUCAACAAAUUCUACAAAUUCACCGUCUCAGUGUUCAGCAGAUUCGCAUCAUACCACGAAUCACAAGAAACCAACAAAUUGACUAUCAUUGGAUACUCUAAGGGAAACCAAAUUUCAUCGAACAUUUACCAUUAAUACUGUCACUCAUGACCUGUUAAUAACUGCACAGGUGUACGUGUCAGAUAAAUAUCAUCGGCCGGUCCUUUGUCGAACGCUCAUUGACACUUGUGCUUCCACAAAUUUUAUGAGCGAGCAUCUCGCCAGAAAAUUGGGCAUACCGUUAAGUAAAUGCUCCAUUCCCAUUGGAGUUCUCAAUACAUUAUCGACAAUAGCAAAACACACAAUUACUACCACUUUGUCUUCAACAAUUAAGAAUUACAAACGCACAUUAACAUUUUUAACAAUCUCAAACAUUGCUUCAACCAUUCCAGAUCAGCUCAUCGAUAGGACACUAUUGAAUAUACCUAAUAAUAUAAAAUUGGCGGAUCCAUCAUUCUCAACACCCUCUCCAGUUGAUUUAUUACUGGGCGCUGGAGUGGCUCUAUUCUUAUUAUGCAUAGGUCAAAUAAAAUUAUCGCCUCCUGACGGACCGGAUUUAUAUCCACAAAAAACACAAUCAGGCUGGAUAAUCGGGGGAAGUGCUCCAGUUCCAUGAUUGUCUCAAGAAAUUACCUGCCACAUGACUACGCCAAUACAACUUGACCUGACUCGGUUCUGGGAAUUAGAAGAAGGACCACAGAUCCGACAAUUCUCUAAAGCGGAACAAGACUGUGAAAAAUAUUUUAAAUAACUAUUACACGGAAUUUGGAUGGCAGAUAUGUACAUCGUAGCACUCUCAUUUAAUAAUAAAUUGCCACAGCUAGGAGAGUCAAAAUCGAGAGCACUAAAACGACUGAUGUCACUAGAAACGAAAUUUCGAUGUGAUGAACAACUAUCACGAGACUACCAAUCAGUCUUACAAGAAUAUCUGGAUCUAGGGCACAUGUCAGAAAUAUCAACCUACGGCGAAAACGAUUAUGGAUAUUUCCUCCCACGUCACGGAGUUACGAAAGUCACCAGCGAUACCACAAAAUUGAGAGUAGUAUUUGAUGGUUCCACUGCAACUAAAACAGAAAAUAUGGACUUUAAAAAUAGAUUGGGACGAAUCCUUGCCUGUGGACAUACAUACUGAAUGGACCCGAUAUUAUAAACAAUUACCAUUAUUAAAUAACAUAUCACUCAGCCGACAAUCAUUAAUUGAUGAGCCCAGCUUGAUUGAACUGCACGGCUUCAGUGAUGCCAGUGAACGUACAUACGGGACUUGUAUUUAUAUCCGCUCCAUCAACAUACAUGGUCACUGUCAAGUACAAUUGCUUAUGGCUAAAUCGAAGGUUGCUCCUCUGAAAAGCCAAUCUAUACCACGACUGGAAUUGUACGGAACAUUACGUUUAUCAUCCUUAGUUACUACAGCUCAGAAGGCCUUGAAUGUCACCAUCAAACGAACAAUCUUCUGGACUGAUUCGGUGAUAGUGCUCCAUUGGCUACAAACAUCACCAUAUUUGUUGAAAACAUUUGUAGCAAACAGAGUAACCGAAAUCCAAAACAGAACCAAAAUUGAAGAUUGGCGGCAUGUCCCAACUGCAGACAAUCCUGCAGAUCUAAUUUCCAGAGGCCAACUACCUGAAGAAUUCUUACAUCCAUCGAUAUGGCAUCACGGACCGAAAUGGUUGUGCAUGCAUGAAAAUUUUUGGCCAACUAUACCAAGCACACCUCCGAGUACUGUUCUUGAACAAAGAAAGGUAACCUGCUUAACAACAAUUCUUCCUGACAAUAUCAUUGACCAAUUCUUUUCCUGGGAAAAAUUAAUACGGGUGAUUGCCUGGUGUCUCCGGUGGAAGCCAACUAAUCAUACUAAGGGAGCAUUGACGGCUCCAGAAAUAAGACAAGCUCAUGACGUUAUCAUCAGGCUUAUACAAAAGAUUUAUUUUGCAGAGGAAAUUAAAAUAUUAUCUGAAGGUAAUCAUCACCAAUUAAAAGAUACACUAAGGAGGCUGAAUUCGUUCCUAGAUUGCGAAGGAAUUCUGCGUGUCGGGGGUCGUUUAAAACAUUCAAUAAUGCCAUUUAGUCAGAAACACCCCAUCAUUUUACCAAAAAUUCGAACUACAACUUUGAUAAUUGAGUAUGAACAUCGUACACAAUUUCACGCGGGUAUCCAGGCUACCCUUUACGCGGUUAGAUAGCACUAUUGGCCUAUUGAUGGUCGACAACAAAUGUGGAAGGCAAUAAAAUCUUGCUUACGGUGUUGUCGGGCCCAACCACCACCGAUCAACUAUUUAAUGAGAAACCUACCUGCCGCCAAAAUAACCGAAUCUCGACCAUUCACGCAUGUGGGAGUGGAUUAUAGUGAACCAUUUUUCAUAAAAGAACGGAAAGUACGGAACCGUGGUCGAGUAAACGUAUACGUCGCAGUUUUCGUUUGCAUGGACAUAAAAGCAGUGCACCUGGAGUUAGUCAGUGGCAUGACCACCGAUGUCUUUAUUUAGAAGGUUUAUUGCAAGACGAGGGCUUUGCUCGCACCUGUAUUCGGACAAUGGGACAAAUUUCGUAGGAGUCUACAAUGAAUUACGCAAACUUCAAUCUUUGCUGACAUCAAAAUCACCGAAAUCAAGUAACCACAUUUCUCGCAGAAAAAUCAAUAGAAUGGAGUUUCAUUCCUCCAUUAACCCCACAUUUUGGUGGUCUGUGGCCGUCAAACCUUUCAAGUGCCAUUUGAAACGUGUUGCCGGAUAAAAAAUAUUCACGUUUGAAAAUUUCAACACACUUAUAACUGAAAUUGAAGCCAUACUAAAUUCCCGGCCACUAACUCCCAUAUCAUCUGAUCCUAACGAUCUUCUCGCCCUCACACCAGGCCACUUCUUGAUUGGCGAUUCACUAACAAGUUUGCGUGAGCGAAAUGUUUCAGAAAUACCCACAAACCGUCUUACGAGUUGGCAGCAGAUUCAGAAGGUGAAGCAGCAUUUCUGGAUUAGGUGGCAUCGAGAAUACCUGAAUGAGCUGACUACAUGUAGCAAAUAGACCAAAGGCGAUCACCCAAUCAAGGAGGCUAUAAUCGUCUUACUUCGUGAAGACAACGUUCCAUCUUUGCAUUGGCCCUUAGUUAAAGUCAUUAAGGUUUUCCCAGGAUCAGACGGGAUCAUCUGGGCUAUCACCGUCAAAACAGCCAAGGGUACACUGGAUCGGAGCGUCAAACGGCUCGUUCGACUGCCCAAUCAACCAGAUCCGAUAGUUUAAAAAGCAUUAUUCGUUCAUUUAUAAAGUCACUGUGCAUAUACAUGCAAGUAUAUACAUAUAUACCAACACACUUUGCUUAAUUUGUUGAUCGGUGCCCUCUCAACGGGGGGAGGAUGUUCCGUGGAGUUGCAAAUAUAUAGUCAAAACAAGAAAUACAGUCCAUUCAUUUUUUCAAAUAGUCUCUGUAAUUGUCGUCUUACUUAUUGUAUAUAGAAAUUGAUUCUCGGAAUUCUGAACUGGCUUGCACCAUCUCUGAAUCUCUGUCCCGUAUCUUCACCAAACCUCCUGUGGUGCUUUCCGCGAAGUCAGAGAUGAGACCUAUCAAGGGAUCCUCUCAUUAAGCAUACUUCAAGGACGUGAGUUCCCAAUGUAUCGGGCUUCAACCAUAUACAUACCAGUUACACACGUGCAUCACAGCAGCAGGAUUUAUGGCGGGCAUACAAUGGAAGUGUCUACGGUUGUUCAAAGCUAGGACAAAAAAGAUGGCGGCGUAUGAGUAGGAAGUGGUUCUAUCGAGUGAGAGAUAUUGUUGGUUUUUUUUUUAGUUGUAUUUGCUUUAGUUAGUUAAGUUGGAGGUGUAGAAAAGAAGGGAGGGAGGUGGGAUUUGACCAAAAAUAAGUGCGGAAGGUAAAGCAAGUUUUAAAGUGGUAUAGGUAGGAUAGAAUAUUUCCCCCGUAUGCCUACAGGGUGCGCGUGGGACUGGUUUUGAAGUUUUGGCGAUUAAUAAACUUUUAUAAAGAAGGAAGAAAGUGCGUGUAAUAAGUUGAGUAAGAGGUCAGGUGAAGUAUUUGGAAAGAUGUGCAAUUGAAAUAUGGAAAAAAUAAACCAAAGGGAAAUGAGUGUUACAAGUGGUAUGGAGGUUAUGGACAGGGGAAAGUGUACAAUAGACAAAGAAAUGGAAAAGGAUGUGGGCAAAGGAAAGUCCCUUAUGGGGAAAGUAGAGAAUUGGGAUGUGGAGUUCUUGAAAGAAGAUGAAGAGGAAGUAUUGAAGUCGCUGGAAGUAAACGAGGUGUUAAGCAAGGAAAGUAGUAAAGGGAAAGGAGUUAUUAAUGAAGAUAAUGAAGUAAAGGAGACAAUGGGGUAUGGAGAAGAAACGUGGAAGGUAGUGUGGAAUGGAGUAGAUAGAAAGAGAGGUAGAGAACUAGAGUAAGAAGAGGAAGAGUUGAUGAAGAAAGAGAAAAAGGAAGAUGAAGAAGAAACAGAGGAGAGUGAAAGUUUUGAAAGUACAGAGGAAGUAGAGGAAGCAGGAAUGAUGCCGGUGUCUACGCAGAAAUGCGAGGCAUUAGAGGGGAAAGGGAAAAAAAAAGAAGAAGAAAUGGAGGUGGAGGAGGGAAAUGAAGGAGUAAAGGAAGUAGUUACUGAGAACAAAGUAAGGGUUAGGGAUAUAAGGCAGUUGAACAAUAAAGAAAAAU